CUGCAACAAGCAAACAAACUUGAAUAAAAGAUCAUCGAGCUAAGGAAGCAAUCAAGAAACAAUAUCAACUAAUAUGCUAGAGAGGGACAUUUAGAGAUUUGGAGCAGGGGUUUGGUGUAGGGAGACAUACUCCACUGGAAAAGAGAAAUCACCAUACCUUUUGAUGAACUCAUUUGCUGGCAUGAUGGAGUGAAAUCUAGCAGAGUGUCAAGCCGAUUUCCCCCACAGGACAUUUCCUUAGUGUCAGGGUGGUAUAGGAUGAUGGGGGACUGAGCCAAGAAAGCAGAGUGAAAUUUCCUGCACAGUCAUGGCACUAACAAACCAAAUCCCGCUAGAUAAAGGGGCCUGUGACAAUCAUUAGGUCUCCUCUUCAAGACAUUUGCCAGUUUUUGAACCUAUAUAAAGCAGGAAGCUAAAUACCUAAUGCCUGAGGGAGAGAACUUUCCAAAGUGAGGAAUUAGAGACCUACCAGACUCACAGUAAAAACCCGGAAGUGCCAUCCCCAAGAAGGGGGCUGAGUCAGAAAAAGUGAAAUCAUCUGCAAUGUUUCAGUGUUUAUGAGACAAAUUUUCAUCGAGGAAGUGUAACGGCAACAAAUACAUAGCUGGUCUCUCCUUACAUUUGCCAUACUCUGAAGCUGUGAGAACUGAGAGCCUAAAGAGCUGAAUUCAAACAUCUGAAAGACUGAAGUCAAUAACUGACUGUAUUUAUUGAAGAAUCAAAGACCUGUCAGGCUCACAGCAAAAAUCCAGGGAGGCCACAAAUUAGGAAAAAUCAUAGGUAGGAUGAGACAACUAAAGCUCCAACCCAGUUCUGACCUAGUAAAAUUCCUGAAAUGACUGAAAUGACCAGCCACUCUGAUUAACAGAGAAAGGGGUAAAUCUUCUCUGGUGCAAAGUAAUAGCAUCUUCAGUCUCUAUGAAGUUUUUAUUCACCAUGUCCAGCACACAAUCAAAAACUAUGAAAUUCCUGAAGCAGGAAAAAGUGACUAAAAAUUAAGACAAAAAAAAAAAAAAAACAAGAAAAAUUGAUUUAGAGGGAAUUCAGAUUCUGGAGUUAGCACAGAACUUUAAAAUGACUAUAUUGAGAGUAAAAGAUGGGGAUUAAUAGAUUAAAAUAUGGAGAAUCUCAACAGAAAAUUGGAAUCAAUUUAAAAAAAUCAAAUACAGAUAAAUGAAAAAUAAGAAAACUGAUCCCCAGCAGACCUUAGGGAAUACUAGAAGAAAUUUUUUUAGGCUGAAGUAAAAUGGCCCAACAUAGAACAGAGCUGGGCUCUCGGUCCCAUAUUGAACUCGAGUUGGAAGAGGCGAGUCCGGUCUCAAAACGGAGGUAAAACCGCCGCCCGGUCGCCCCCAGCCCGACUCCGGCCGCCGCCGCCGCCGCCACCGCCGCCGGGGGGAGGAGGGCCAUGAUCCAAGGGAACCAGAACAGUUGAGAAAACUGUUUAUUGGUGGUCUGAGCUUUGAAACUACAGACGAUAGCUUAAGAGAACAUUUUGAGAAAUGGGGCACACUUACAGAUUGUGUGGUGAUGAGAGACCCCCAAACAAACCGUUCCAGGGGCUUUGGUUUUGUGACUUACUCUUGGGUUGAAGAGGUGGAUGCAGCAAUGUGUGCUCGACCACACAAGGUUGAUGGGCGUGUAGUGGAACCAAAGAGAGCUGUUUCUAGAGAGGAUUCUGUAAAGCCUGGUGCCCAUCUCACAGUGAAGAAAAUUUUUGUUGGUGGUAUUAAAGAAGAUACAGAAGAAUGUAAUUUGAGAGACUACUUUGAAAAGUAUGGCAAGAUUGAAACCAUAGAAGUUAUGGAAGACAGGCAGAGUGGAAAAAAGAGAGGAUUUGCUUUUGUAACUUUUGAUGAUCAUGAUACCAUUGAUAAAAUUGUUGUUCAGAAAUACCACACUAUUAAUGGGCAUCAUUGUGAAGUGAAAAAGGCCCUUUCUAAACAAGAAAUGCAAUCUGCUGGAUCACAGAGAGGUCGUGGAGGUGGAUCUGGCAACUUUAUGGGUCGUGGAGGAAACUUUGGAGGUGGUGGAGGUAACUUUGGCCGUGGUGGAAACUUUGGUGGAAGAGGAGGCUAUGGUGGUGGAGGUGGUGGCAGCAGAGGUAGUUAUGGAGGAGGUGAUGGUGGAUAUAACGGAUUUGGAGGCGACGGUGGUAACUAUGGUGGUGGUCCUGGUUACAGUAGUAGAGGAGGCUAUGGUGGUGGUGGACCAGGAUAUGGAAACCAAGAUGGUGGAUAUGGUGGCGGUGGUGGAGGAUAUGAUGGUUACAAUGAAGGAGGAAAUUUUGGAGGUAACUAUGGUGGUGGUGGGAGCUAUAAUGAUUUUGGAAAUUAUAGUGGCCAACAGCAAUCAAAUUAUGGACCCAUGAAGGGAGGCAGUUUUGGUGGAAGAAGCUCGGGAAGUCCCUAUGGUGGUGGUUAUGGAUCUGGUGGUGGAAGUGGUGGCUAUGGUAGCAGAAGGUUCUCAAAACUCAGAAGAAAAGGGCUACAGUUCUUAGCAGGAGAGAGAGCGAGGAGUUGUCAGGAAAGCUGCAGGUUACUUUGAGACAGUCGUCCCAAAUGCAUUAGAGGAACUGUAAAAAUCUGCCACAGAAGGAACGAUGAUCCAUAGUCAGAAAAGUUACUGCAGCUUAAACAGGAAACCUUUCUUGUUCAGGACUGUCCUAGCCACAGUUUGCAAAAAGUGCAGCUAUUGAUUAAUGCAAUGUAGUGUCAAUUAGAUGUACAUUCCUGAGGUCUUUUAUCUGUUGUAGCUUUGUCUUUUUCUUUUCAUUACAUCAGGUAUAUUGCCCUGUAAAUUGUGGUAGUGGUACCAGGAAUAAAAAAUUAAGGAAUUUUUAACUUUUCAAUAUUUGUGUAGUUCAGUUUUUCUACAUUUUAGUACAGAAACUCUAACAAAAUG